AUGGAGGUGAAGUGGAUUCACAUGUUGUUUAUCUUCUUCUUCCUGUUGUCUGUUGCAAUGACGGGCUGUUUUCUGUGGCAGUACAGCCUCCCCAAGGUGGAGCCCCGCCCAUCUGUGAUGGAAGUGAGAUCAGAAGCUGUGCAGAUGUGCCCUCGCUAUCCUGAACCAGUACCUCUGGACCACCCAAUCCCUGUUCUGAAGGACGCGUUGGAGAAGGUAGAUAUGAUGCUGCGCCAAAAGAUUCAUAGCUCUGGUCUCCCUGCCAUAUCUGCCAUUGUUAUCUACAACGACACUGUACUCUGGACAGGCAACUUCGGGAAGAAGAAUGGUUCAGACCCCUCCUCAGUGGUGCCCAAUGAGUACACUAUUUACAGAAUUGCCAGUGUCUCCAAGAUCUUCCCCACCAUUAUGUUGUACAAGAUGUGGGAGGAAGGAAAAGUCACGUCGCUUGAUGACCCAUUGGAACGUUAUGCCCAGAACUUUGUUAUUAAGAACCCUCUGGGAAGGCUCAAGGAAUCAGAACAGAGAUACACAGCAGAUGGGCUGAUAUUUUUGGAAAAAGGCUCAAUGCCAUUUAAGCCAUCACCUGUUACCUUGCGCAGAAUGGCCAGCCAGCUCUCAGGUCUGCCCCGGCGGCUGCGAUCUACCAGCCUGCUGUGGAAGGGCAAUACACAAGAUGCUCUAGCUCUCCUGAAAGAUGAUGUCUUGGUUGCUGAUCCAGGAACCAGAUGCCACUACAGCAAUCUGGCCUUCUCACUGAUGGCACACGUGCUAGCUGACCAUGCAGCUGAGGGGCAAUACCAGCGCUGGAUCUCAGAGAAUAUCCUGGACCGCUUGGGCAUGGAAGAUACUGGCUUCGACAUCACACCACCGAUCCGCUCCCAGAUGGCUGUGCGGCCUUCUGGACAGAUGUACUCCACAGCUGCUGACCUUGCCAAGCUGGCAAUGGUCUUCUUAGGCACCUACCACCGUCGUCUCUUAGAGCCUGACACAGUAAAGACGAUGCUGACCCCUCUGUUUAAGUGCUCCACUGAAUACUUUGCUAACAAGACCGGCACACCCUGGGAGAUUAAUGAGCAAUUGGGAUAUGAUGUCAUUAGGAAGGAUGGAGACCUCGAUGGCUAUUCAGCUACUUUCUCUCUUAUCCCCAAGCUCCGCCUGAGCUUCAUUGUGUUGAUGGCAGGGCCCAGGCCUCAGAGUGGAGAUAUUGUGACUCAGACAUAUGAGUAUCUCAUUCCUGCCAUGGAGACGGCAUUCAGAGAUGCAGAGAAAAGCUUGAUUCCUCCUCCAAGUCCAGGCCCUUAUGUUGGCUACUAUACUUAUUCCAACCUGACUUUUUAUGAGAUCAAAGUUGGACCUGGUGGGGUGCUGGUCAUGCAGCAGUUUGGGCCUCAUGUGGAAGAGCUGAUUCCUGAAAAGUACCGGACAAUCAAGCUCCACCACCUGGAAGAUCGUGUUUUCCAAGUUGUUUUUGACAAGGAGUUCCCAUGUGUUCUGCACCUGGGCUCUGCCUCUAUCUCACUGGAGACCCAAAAUGGGCAGCUUUUCAACUUUUAUCCAUUUGAUCGUAAGGGUUUGUCUCCUGGCUUUGAUGCACCAGGGCUGAACACAUACAAUGUGGUGCGUGUACUUCGUAAACCUGUAUUCUAUAGCUAA